UCAGGUGAAAAUAUUUGUUGUUUUGGUACUGUGUUUUGACCAAAGAAACAAUUCCGCAAAUAUGCCAUAAAUAUUUUAAUGGAAAAUUGUGUGCAUUAAAAACCUAAAAAUUACAAUUUAAAAGGCAAAACAAUUUUGCAGAAUCGCGUAUAACAGAAAAAGAUAAACUACAAAUACUGCGAAGAAUAACAACAAAAAUACAGGCAAAAAAAAAAACAACAAAGAAAGUUAUUUUCGUGCAUACAAGUUUUAACAGGUAAGUUUCGAAAGAAAGUGAAAACUUUGGCUGUUUGUUUCUUCAUAAUUACCAUAACACUUUUGGGCAAAAGAAAGAAAAAAUUUUUGAGAAAUUAAAGUAAAAGCGAUAUUAUGACAACAAACACAAGUAGCACAAGUUUGCAAGAAAUGGAUACUAACCCAAUUGCAGAGGAAUUGGAACAGGAUUUCCUAGAAUCCAAAUGGUGGACCAUACCACACCAUAUCUUGCACAGUAUAUUCUAUUCGUUGCCUGUAAAGGAUGUAGUUAGCGCGAGUGGAGUCUGUCGACGUUGGCGUGAAAUUGCAAGCGAUGAGUUAUUGUGGAAAAAGAAAAUGCAUCGUCACUUCAAGAUUGAUCCGACAUUGCCAUUAAAACCAGGAGCUGAAUCGUGGCGUAGUGAAUAUGUGCGACUUGCCUGCGAAAUACCGUUUAUACAAACACAAUCCAUACGUGGACAUGCUCAUCAAGUGCUCCAUGUUAGCUUUUCGCACGAUGGUGAUAUGUUUGCUACGUGCUCCAAAGAUGGUUAUGUUAUAGUUUGGAAUUCGGAUCAUCCAUGUCGUGAAAAGUAUGCACAUAACAUGAAGGAAUUUAAUUGGAAAUAUACACAAUUCUCUCAGUUCAAUCAAAGCGAUACCUUGUUAAUGGUAUCAGGUGUUCACUUUGGUUCACCGCAUAGCACAUCUGGUGAAAUAGCUGUUUUCACUGUUUAUGGUAAAUCGCAUUUGCGUUGUCGUGUUGUUAAUCGACCAUAUGAUAUAUUUGGCACUUGGUUUAGUGAUCAAUAUCUAAUCGCCGGUGAUUUAAUAUGGUUAGCACAUUUGGUUAGCACAUCAAGAUUGCUACUUAAUAAAGCUAAUCAAGAAACUGCUUCGGAACAUGUCCCCAUAACAUGUGAACUAUUCAAAUUUUUAAAUCUCAGUGCAAGUUCCGUUCGUGCGAUUAUGAUUGCAAGAUGUCCAUGGUUAAAUGAUGAAAACGAUCCCUUACCACCAGAAGGUAAACAAUGUAAGGAGUCCGCAACUGAUGAUGAAGUUCCAACAACUAGUAAUGGUGUACAUAACUCUCAAGAACAACCAAAAACAUAUAAAAUAGAGGGCUUACCAGAUGUAGCACAGCAAAGCACAUCAAAUCCUAAUGUAGAUAGUGCAACCAUACGCUAUGCGGAAGCAUAUCUGAAAAAUAUUAAAUUUAAUAAUGACUACGAAUUAACUAGCUCCGAUGACGAUGAUCAAGUAGUAGGAAAUAGUAAUGAUGUGAAUAUUCCCGUGGAAGACAGUGAUAUGGAAAAUGAUAUUGAUUUGCAAGAGCAAACUCAACUAAACCAUGAUGACGAAGAUGACGAUAAUGAGGAUAUGAGCAGUGAUGAAAUGGAAAAUCAUAUACCAAAGUAUCUUAUAUUUUCUAUGGGAUCGAAAACUUACACACCGCAUCAGAUUGGUAUCAAGCGUAUUAGGAAUGUUAAUUUCCCUAAGCGUUUAGAUCCUGGUUUACCCUUAAGGGAACGUUUAGCUGCUAGAAGAGCAGCACAGCGAGAGGUACGCCCUGAACCUGCUAUAUCUGCUGUACAAAAUUUUAAUACACCAGAUAAAAUUAUUGAUCUUCAUGGACAUAUCGUUGGCAUGGCUUUGAGUCCGGAUCACAGAUACUUAUAUGUGAAUACACGUCCUUGGCCUCAAAAUUAUGUUAUAUCUAGUCCAUUGGAACCGCCUCCAAUUGCACAGGAGAUUGACAUACAAGUCAUUGAUUUGAUGACUCUUAAACGUGUAGGAAAUAUGUUACGCUCUCACAAGGCUUAUACACCCAGUACGGAAUCCUUUUUCAUAUUUUUGGAUGUGUGCAAUAAUUAUGUUGCAAGUGGAGCUGAGGAUAUGCAUGCUUAUUUGUGGGAUCGUUACUAUGGUAUAUGUUUGGCCAAAUAUAAACAUAGCGAUGUUGUAAACAGUGUUGGCUUUAAUCCAGCUGAUUCAGAGAUGCUAGUAACAACCAGUGAUGAUUACAAAAUUAAGAUUUGGCGCUCACGAUCGAAGGCUAAACAAUAUAAAUUGAAUUCCUUAAUUCUAAAGAAAGCGAUUGAAGUGAAUAAAGAGUCAUAAAAGUUAAAUACUGACUGCAAAGUGUUAAGAAAAACACUGAAGAAAAACGACAGUCUAUUUCCACCUGAUUUAAAAUUAGUAUAAAAUAUUAUAAUAAAAGUUAUUCAAUAUUUGUAUAAAAUGAAUUAAAAAUUAAUUAUUCGUUCAAGGUGUCCGGGUAUUGUCAUUAGGCAAUACACCCGUGAGUAUGGGUCUAUAACCAUGAAAAUGGAUAUGGAGCCAUGACAGUGACGAAGCUUCAGUUAGUAGUUAACUGCAAGUUUGGACACAUGAAUAAUGUGAUCUAUUAAUUUGGCAUCUGUUAUAUAUAUAUCUUAAUUUA